AUGCCUCUUACCCGAGCUUUCGGCGAAGAACCAAUGACAUAUGGGACCGAUAACACACUGCACACCCUCUUGGGCAAGUUGACCCUUGAGGAGAAGGUGUCGCUCCUUUCAGCUGUCGAUUGGUGGCGAACUCCCACGAUACAGAGGGGGGGAGUGUUUGUGCCGCAUAUCAAGACUACAGAUGGCCCUAAUGGAGCGAGGGGCGGAAGUUACGUCAGCGGCAUAAAAGCUGCAUGCUUCCCCUGCGGAACAAGCCUGGGCGCUUCUUUCGACCGGGAGCAACUCUACCGUACCGGUAAGGAGAUCGCUCUCGAGGCAAAGUCCAAGUCAGCCAAUGUCCUCUUGGCACCCACUCUGAACGUCAUUCGGGAUCCUAGAGGGGGUCGGAAUUACGAAACGUACUCGGAAGACCCCUUGGUACUCGGAGUACUGGCUGCAGCAUUUAUCAAUGGCUGCCAGUCCGAGGGCAUCGCUGCUACUCCUAAACACUAUGUGGCCAACGACACCGAGAACAAACGUACAGUGCUCACCGUCGAGAUUGACGAGCAGAGCUUGCGAGAGAUUUAUAUGCUUCCAUUCCAACUAGGGAUGAAGCUGUCGGAUCCAUGGUGCCUCAUGACAAGCUACAAUCGUAUAAAUGGGACAUACGUCUCCGACAGCGAUAGGCUCGUCAACGGCGUCCUCCGAAAGGAGUGGGGUUUCAAAGGCCUGGUCAUAUCGGACUGGAUGGGCGUCUACUCCACGACCGAAAGCAUCAACGCCGGUGUCGACGUCGAGAUGCCCGGGCCGACUGACUGGCGAGCGGACAAGCUCGUCCAGGCCGUCAAGGACGGGCUCGUCUCUGCGUCCACCAUCGACGAGUCUGCACUGCGAGUGUUGCAGCUCGCUUCACGCCUCGGCAGGUUCGAGAACCCAGAGGAACCUCCGGAGCAGGAAGCAGAGAACGAGGAGCGGGACGCCUUCAUACGAGGGGCCGGCGCCCAGGGCAUGGUUCUCCUCAAGAACGAGGGCGACGUGUUGCCGCUGUCUAAGGGUACUUCGGUCGCCGUUAUCGGGCACCAUGCGACGCAUGCAAGCCUCGGCGGCGGUGGAAGUGCUCGAGUCGACGCUAUCCGCUCCGUGAGCCCCGCCGAGGGCUUCAGGGAGGCCGGCUUCACGACCACGGUGGCGCCCGGCAUCCCAGUGUACGGUGCGCUGCCGCACGCUGACGCCACUCUUCUCUUCGACUCGGCCACAAAGACGCAGUGCGCCCAGCCGGUCCAGAUUGAGUGGUUCAACGGGAGUCGUAUCGGAGAGGGCCUUGUACACAAGGAGCGAAAGCCGCUCCCUGAGUACAUGAUCAAGGAGAAGUGGCCCGAGUAUCUCUCCCGGGAGUACUGCUCAAGGAUUACGUACGACGUCCGCCCCACGGUGAGCGGCGAGCACGUCCUGUCCAUCAUUUCCACGGGACCCGCCGUCUGCUACGUCGACAACUGCGAGAUCUACCGCCAACAGCAAGCGACGGACCUGAGACCAGAGUCGUUCUACUUCUUCAAAUCCAAGAUUGAGCGGCGUGUACGGUACCGCAUGGAGGCGGGCAGACAGUACACACUCGUGCUCGAGUCGUGGAACACCGACCCGGAGAUCCUGAACGCCCCUCCUCUGUGCGGAAAGAUGUUCCAGGGGUCGGCCCUACGCUUCCAGGAGUUCGUCGAUGCUCAACAGCGAAUCGAGGAGGCUGUCAACGCCGCCAAGGGCGCCGAUGUUGCGGUCGUAUGCGUCGGGACGACGAGCGAGAUCGAGUCGGAGGGGUUCGACCGCGAGUCGAUCGCGCUCACACCGGGACAGGCCGACCAAGUGCUCGCGGUUGCGGCCGCCAACCCGCGCACAGUGCUUGUCAACUUUAGCGGAGCGCCGGUCGAUCUCAGCGCGCUCGUUGACAAAGUCCCGGCUAUCGUGCAGGCGUGGUUCCCGGGGCAGGAGUGCGGGCACUCCCUCGUGUUGGCGCUCGGAGGCGACGUCGGCCCCGCCGGAAGGCUUCCCUUUUCCUGGCCCAGACGGGAGGAGGAUAGCUCCUCAUGGGGCAACUUCCCCUGCGACAAUGAGAAUGUCAUCCGUUACGAGGAGGGGCUGAGUGUUGGGUAUCGGUAUUACGACCGUCCUGGGAGCCCUGCGCCCCUUUUCCCCUUCGGCUUUGGUCUGUCGUACACCACAUUCGAGCUUUCGGGUCUGCACAGCACCAAGGACACAUUCCGUUGGGUUCACGACCGCGCCGCCGUGGCCGUCGAUGUGCACAACGUCGGGCAGCGGCUGGGCUCAGCCGUUGUCCAAUUCUACGUCGAGAUGCCUGAGGAAGAGGAUGGAGUCGGAAGCGGCAAAGCUCUGGGACGAGGGAGACCACUCAAAGAACUGAAGGAUUUCCAAAAAUCUCAUAACAUCUUACCAGGGGAAAGCAGGCGGAUCACGGCCAGCUUGGACAAGUACGCCUUCAGCAUCUACAACGCCCACGAGGCGCGCUGGCAAGUGAGACCCGGCAUGUACAAGGUACACGCCGGUUUUUCUUCUGAGGACUUGAGGGGAUUUACGAAUGUGACUGUUCCGACGACGAUGUUCUGGGAUGGUGUCUAG